ACAGGGCCUCGCCCCGCCACUGCCCGGACCCAAGAGACCGAGCCCCGUCUGCCCCAUACCAUGCCGAAACGGAAAUGCAAGUUUACCGACGAGCUCCAGGCGAAGUACCCCUGCUUCCGCGUGGGCCGGGAAAGAUGGGAGGCCGAGUGCUUGGUGUGCCAGGAGGGCACCUACGUCUCUGUGGCCAACAAGGGCUCUCUUGACCUGGAAGCCCACAUCCAGUCCAUGAAACACAAGAGGAACAUGCUGAGGGAUGCCUCGGUGGCCAAGCUGCCGGGCUGCUUCCUCCCCACCGACUACCAGCCCUUCGAUGCUGCUGCCGCCACUGCUGCCGAAACCCCUUUGGGCUUCCCCGCUGCCGCGCUCCAGGGCUGCUGUGAGCCCCUGCCUGCCGUGCCCGGCUUGCCCAAAACGCCUGACCCCGUCUUAGAUGUCUUGGGCUUGCAAAUCAAGACGGAGGUGAGGCUGGAUGAGGCACUGGCCCCCUUCACAUUGGACUGUGGGGUGGACAUGCUGGACGGUAUCCCCUAUUGUGGGGUGGCCCUGGGUGCCGGUGACGGGGGGACCUCCUUUCCCAUCCAGAUCCGCUAUUUUGACUGGAAGCGGGGUGGCGUGCAGAGCAGGGCGGUCGGUGUGGAGGCCCCACCAGGUGAACUGGCCCCCGGUGCCGCCGCACUGGUGCGGGAGGUCUUGGAGAGCCAUGGGCUGCGGCAGCGGUGCGUGGCCAUCGUAGGCGAGAGCCCCAACACCAUGUUGGGGGGGCUGGGGCGCUGCUCCCAGGGUCUGGCCGAGGCAGCUGGCUUGCGGGAGCUGCUGGAAGGGGUCUUCAUCGCCACCGACUGCCCCGCGCACCUCCUCAGCAACUGCAUCCAGCACGGAGCGGACAGCCUGGAGGUGGACCUGCAGUCCCUCGUCUGGAAGAUUUACACCUACAUCUCCGUCUACACUGUCUGCACUGAACCGCUCAAGGACUUCCUGGAGUUUGCCAAGAGGGAGUACCAGCGGUUGCUCCACCACGCCAGGGUGCCCUGGUUGCUCCUGCUGCCAGCCAUCACCCGCUUGCUUCAAGUCUUCCCCGUCUUGAAGUCCUUCUUCCUCUCCCUCAGCCACCCCCCCUUCGCAAUCCGGACCUUUUUUGAGGACGACUUCAGCGAGAUCUACCUGCAGCACAUGGCUUCGCAGGUGGCUGUCUUCGACGUGCACCUCAGGACCUUGGCGAGGGAGGACAACUCGCCCUGCGAGGUGCUGGGCGUCCUCUCCUCCGUCCGCCGCACCCUCCUGGAGCGCAAAGCCCAUGGCUUCAUGUCGCUGCGGGUGAAGGAGCUGCUGGCGGAGCAGCAGGCAGCUGGGAGGGUCGGAGAAUGCGACACCUUCUGCCGCCGUGUCCAGACCCUCUACGAGGCGUUCCUUGACUACCUGGAUGCUCGGACGGGGCCGUUUGGGGAGCUUUUCCGUUUCCAGUGGAUGCAGCUACAGGCCCCACCAACGUGGGCGGAGGUGGAGGGGUGCAUCAAGUACCUGGUGGACCACGGGGUCAUGGUGGAUGACAGCAAGUGCUUCGACCAGUUCUGCCACCUGACCACCUUCUUGAAGGGCUGCAGGAGCAGCAGGGACUUCGAUGCCCUGCAGACGCACCAGAAAUGGGUGCGUUUCUUUGGCAGCUCCCACGGCCUGGCUGGCCACUCGGAGCUCCUCAGAAUGGCUCAGGUUUUCUUUGCCAUCCCCUCCUGCGGGGCUGAUUUUCCCAGGGGGCUUUUCCUGAUGUGAAUCUGGUGGGACCAGGCGUGGACCUUUCGUCAGUUCACUGUGACCGGGCUACUGUGAAGCGUGCAGCAUGUCAAGACUUCUUUUUUUGCAACAAUAGACCUCUUGAUUCCUGUUUUUGUGUGUCAGCCCAAACGGGGAGGAUUUGUUAAUGGUGUUUUUAAAGGCUGUACUCUGUCUGCAGGAGAGGUGGCUUUGCUUCUGUGCGAAUAAAUACCACCACAGGCUGCGGUCA